AUGAAAACAAUGAUGUAUGAAUUGGAACCAAGAUUGCAAUCAGUUAAUCUUGCAUGUGAUAUAGAUGUAGCAAAUCAACCUGAAUCAAGCACAAAUAGAUUGUAUAUUACAAUUGCAAUGUUUUUUAAUGAAAUGUCGAUAGCAUUUUCAUCUAUGGAUUGGUCUAGAUUGUUUAGAAAUGCUUUGAUAAAUCGUCAAAUGAAUAGGAACAAUGCUCUAAUCACUGAAUUCCAUGACAUUGAAAUAAAUUCUCAGUUAAUCGACGAAAACAUUAACUGGUGUAAUGAACUUGAAACAGUUAUUUCGGAAACUUAUGAAGGAUUUCAAAAUGCUUUGGAACAAUGUUCAAUAGCUGAAAAUGAUGGAACUUUUCAAUUGAAAUUAUCAACAACGAAACUAUUAAAAGAAGGUUAUUGUUGUAAUCCAUCUAAUAUAAUGCGUAGAGCAUUCUGUUGUUUUUAUCGUGAUUAUUCAAUUGGACUUCUUGGCAAAUUUUUUUUGUCAACAGAAAAUAAUCGUUGA